AUGCAUACAUUUAUAAUCCAAACUAAACUAUCUUUAUAUCUAAAAUUAAAGUUAUUCUGUGACCAAAAAACCAAUGGGGGUGGAUGGACAGUUAUCCAGAGAAGACAAGAUGGCUCACAAGACUUUUUUCUGGGAUGGCAAGACUAUAAGGUUGGUUUUGGUAGUCUAACUGGAGAAUUCUGGUUGGGACUCGACAAGAUCCACCAACUGACCCAACAAAGUCGACACAGUCUUCGUGUUGAUCUGGAAGACACUGCCUAUGCUGAGUACGAUUAUUUUGCUGUGAGUGACGAGUCCGAUUUGUACAAGUUGAGUCUUGGUAGCUAUUCAGGAAAUGCUGGAGAUUCGCUUGGCGGGCAUCGCAAUUUUAAUUUCACSACCAAAGACAAAGACAAUGAUAAAAAAUCAUAUAAUUGUGCCGCCCGCUACACAGGAGCAUGGUGGUAUGCGGCUUGUCAUAGUUCUAGCCUUAAUGGCCUGUACCUCAACGGUACAACUACCAAGUAUGCUAAAGGUAUUGUUUGGAACAGUUGGAAAGGAUAUUAUUAUUCGGCUAAGAGAGCAGAAAUGAAGAUUAGACCAAAAAGCUGAGGAAUAAAACCGGGAGGAAUUGCUUAUGACUACACAACGGCUAAGUACACACAUCACUAAUGCUGACACCAAAAGUGUGGCAAAGCUACAUUGCCUUACGCAUGAUCACAACGCAAACUUCUACAGACUUUUUUUCAAAGUCAUCUUAUCCAAUAAAGUAAAAUAAUAUUAACUUCACCAAUUUCAAUGGU